AUGACCAACAGGUACAUCCUUCAGAUGGCUCUCCUGUUGUGUUUCUCCACCACAGCUCUUUCCAUCAGCUACAACUUACUUAGAUUUCAACAAAGAAGCUGCAAUUUGGCCUGUCUGAAGCUCCUGCGGCAGUUGAAUGGAGUCCCUCAAAAUUGUCUCGACGACAGGAUGGACUUCGAGAUUCCUGAGGAGAUUAAACAACCACAGCAGUUCCAGAAGGAGGAUGCCAUUUUAAUCAUCCACGAGAUGCUCCAGCAGAUCUUUGAUAUUUUCAGAAAAAAUUUCUCUAGCACUGGCUGGAAUGAGACCACCAUUGAGAACUUUUACAUGGAACUCAGUCAGCAGACUGACCGCCUGGACACAGCCCUGGAGGAAAUAAUGGAGGAGGAAAACCUCACCUGGCGAGACACGACCAUGCUGCACCUAAAGAAUUAUUACUCAAGGAUCACACGGUACUUGAAGGCCAAGUUGUACAGCAACUGUGCCUGGACAGUAGUCCAAAAGGAAAUCCUCAGGAACUUUGUCUUCCUUAACAGACUUACAGACUACCUCCAAAACUGA